AGGCCACCCUGAGUUCAAAUUAGCUUUUUUUUGUUUUUUAGCUUUUUGCUUGCACAGCGCCAUCAAUGAUUGCGCUUAAAGUUACGAGCAAUCAGCUAGAAUCGAAUUUGAAAAACUCGAAGAAACAAUAUAAAAACGAAAUCAAUAGAACCAGCUUGACAACUGUGCCAGAAAAGAUCUACAAAUGCACGCUCGACGGCUGUGAAAAAAGCUACCGAAAGCCUAGCAAACUGAAGGAGCAUGAGCGUACCCAUACUGGCGAGCGACCAUUUGCUUGUGUGUUCCCCGGUUGUGGCAAAUCGUAUAUGCGUUCAACCCACUUAGCAGCACACGCACGACGACAUGAUCCCGACGCAUCGACUGCCUUCAAGUGCUCAUUUGCAGGUUGCAGUAAAGGUUUUGCUACGCAACAACAUUUACAACGACAUGAAGCUUUGCAUACAGCACCAACACCACACAAGUGCGAUUGGCCUGGAUGUGGUAAUUCGUUCGCCAAACGAUACCAGUUACGCAAUCACAUGUGUUUUCAUACUGGUAAAAAACCGUUUCCAUGCACAAUGGAAGGCUGUGGUAAAAGCUUUGAUACCGCAUGCAAAUUAAAAAAGCACGAAAUAACGCACUCAGAUGAUUCGCGCUAUGUAUGCGGAUUUGCUGAAUGCACUGCAAGAUUUUCCAGGUGGACAGAGCUACGCCAUCAUGUUGCACACGAUCAUCCCGUCAAUUGUGAAGUUUGCGGCAAAUCGUUUGCAAAGCAAGUUCAAUUAAGGCGACAUUUCAAAUGCAAGCACGUUGAUCAUGAUCCUAUUUCUUGUUAUUGGGAAGAAUGCUCAAAACCCUUUUUUUCGAAAAAGGCUUUGAAAAUGCAUAUCGAGCUGGUUCAUGAGCGUCCCAAUCGAUACAAAUGUACAUUUGAGGGCUGUGACAAAGGAUUCCCAUACAGGUCGUUGUUGGAACGACAUGAACAAUCACAUUCGAGACCACGAGCAUCCCAAAAACGACAGCGAGGGCUUGGGCGGAGUAUCGCAGAUAUGAUCACUGGUUAUGAUUAUGCCGAGAAAAACUCGAGGCGGCGAUGGGCAUGUCCUUUCAAAAACUGUAACCACAAGUUUACUCGCGAAUACGACUUGGAGCGUCAUCUGCAAAGCAAAAUGCACGAAGAUGAUCUUGAAUAUCUACUCAACAACGAGCGCUUCUCAAAGAAACAGCGUUUGGAGUCAUCGUCACCAACAAAACCAGACACAAGUCAACCGACACUCUAAUUACCUACAGCCAUAUUUUACAUACACACACAUACACGCCAAACAUUUUACAUACAUCACAAUAUCACCAUUCUGUAC